GAGCAGCUGAUAAUAAAAUCGGUCAAAGGAAUGGAGAAAUUCGUCAAACAUAUCUGAAAUUCUCUGUUUUCCCUCUCUCCUCCCCUCGCCUCUCUUCUCUUCUUCUUCUCUGUAAAAAAGAAGAGGAGCUUCUCUUUCCAUCGUCGGUUUCAAUUCUCAAACAAGAGAGAAAGACUUGAUUCGUCCAUUCUUUUUUUUCAAUUCUUUCUCUCUCUUCUCCGUUUCUCUGUUUUGUUUGGGAAAUUGAAAAGAGGUUGUUGGGAUUUUGAGCCUUUUUUUUUUUACAAAUUUGUUUUCGUGAUUUUUUGAGCUGGAUAAUCUCUUAAAAUUCGUUUGAAAUCAAACCCUAGUUAUCAAUUAUUAUUGGUUUAGUGUAAUGUAGGUAUUUUUAGAAUCAAAAGAUUUUGGAAAUAUAUUAUUGUUUGUUUUGUUGAGAGUUUAAUGGCGGAAGAAGUGGUGGUUAAUAGUAACAGAAAUGGUAGUGGUGGUGGUGGUGAUGAGAGUUUAAGAAGCUUAAUAACAACCACCCCCACAUCUAAAUGCGGUGGUUUGAUUCCUGGGUUUUCAUCAGAAUCAUCAUUUUCCCAACUUAUGAUGAAUGGGACUCAAAAUUCUGAUCCGAACAAAAAUGGUGAAACUAGUAUUGGUGGUGGUGAUUCAAAUGCCGCAGCUAGGGUUAACGAUGGUGGUGGUAGUAAAACUAGUAUUGCUGAGAGAAGGGCAGCAAGAUGUGGGUUUAAUGCACCAAAGAUUAAUACAGCUCGGUUUCGAUCAAUCAGUCCAUUAUCUUCACCAUCUCCUUAUAUUACAAUUCCAGCUGGUCUUAGCCCUACAUCUUUGUUAGAUUCACCUGUUAUGCUCUCAAAUUCUCAGGCAUUACCAUCUCCAACUACUGGAACUUAUCCAUUGCCUUCUCAGAGCAAUGAGAGCUCAGUGCCUAUCUCAGCAGCUUGUAAAACAGAAGGGGACCAGGAAGAUGAUGUUGAUUCUUCAUUUAUGUUCAAACCCCACAUGAUUCCCGCUCAAUUUCAAGGAUUUUCUAGUGUAGAAAACCAGGUUCAGGAUGUGGUUAUGGGUGAUGGCAACCAUCAACUUUACCCUCCAGUUCAACCACAAAUGGGAUAUGAUUCACAAGAUGGAUUUCUGAAACAAACUAUGUUAAGGAACUUUACCUCCAACUCUCUUUCUGAUAUGGAUGUUCCAAACAAUGUGAUGAUGGGAACCAAGGGGCUUGCUCUAGAAACAUCACAAUCAGCUGUUGCUACUGAUCGCGCACCUCAGCCUCAAGAACAGGUGAUUGGAGAGGAUAUGGAAUCAAAACCGUGUCAGGAAGUGGACCAGAAAGGAACAUAUUCCACCUCAGGGAUAGGGAAGCCAAAUGAAGAUGGGUACAAUUGGAGAAAGUAUGGACAGAAACAUGUCAAAGGAAGUGUCCACCCUAGAAGCUAUUAUAAAUGCACUCAACCAAGUUGUCAGGUGAAGAAAAAGGUUGAAUGUUCCCGGGAUGGCCAGAUAACCGAAAUAAUUUACAAAGGUGCCCAUAAUCAUCCACAACCUCAACCAAAUCGUCGAGCAGGGCUUGGAUCGGCAUAUUCAUCUAAUGAAUUGCACGAGAUUGGUGAGGUAGAGGGUUCUUAUGCCGAAGCCGAGGGUGGAUCUUCGUGGAGAAGCUCUCACCCUUACGGGUCUAGGGAUAACAUUGCAGGUUCAGAUUGGAGGACUGAUGGUGUAGAAAGGUCGUCAUCUGCAUCUGUUGUCACUGAGCUCGAUGAUCACUUAUCACCUGCUCAAGGGAAGCAUUUAGGCAUUCUUGAAUCUGUAGGUACUCCAGAGCUCUCAUCAACACUUGCAAGCCAUGACGAGGAGGAAGAUAGGACAACACAGGGAAGCAUAUCACUUGGUGAUGAUGCUGAUGAUGGUGAAUCAGAGUCGAAAAGACGGAAGAAAGAGAACUGUUAUAUUGAAUCAAAUAUGACAUCCAGAGCUGUUCGUGAACCAAGAGUUGUCGUCCAGACAGAGUGUGAAGUAGAUAUACUUGAUGAUGGUUAUAGGUGGCGCAAAUAUGGGCAAAAAGUGGUUAAAGGAAACCCGAACCCCAGGAGUUACUACAAAUGCACAAGUGCUGGAUGCUCUGUAAGAAAGCAUGUAGAAAGAGCUGCCCAUGAUUUGAAGUACGUAAUUACAACGUACGAAGGUAAACACACCCAUGAAGUUCCAGUGGCCAGGAAUAGCAGUCAUGUGAGCGCAAAUGGGUCUGCAGGCAAUGCUUCAAGAAACACCAGCAUUCCGAAGUCCGAACCACAAUAUCAAGAUCUUGUGCCUCGGUUUGAAAGGAAACCCAAUCUCGGCAAUGAAUUUUUCAAACCGAGCCAUCUGGGAGGUUUUGCUAGUGACAUGAAGUUUGGGCCUUCUGCGUGCUAUGACAUGAAGCUUCCACCAUUUCAGACUGGAAUUCCCUGUGGAUCUUUUGGUAUGAACUCUAACGUCAAUGGAGUUCAUUAUCCAGCUUCUCUUCCCCAGGUUGCUCCAGAUUUUCCUAUUUCCUAUCCAAUAAAUUUAGCUUUAUCUGCAAACCUAGAAUAUACCAGUUUUGAUUUUAAUAAUCAUGGAAAGCCUGUCACUCCAGUCCAACCGUUUCUUGGGGUUCAGCGGCCUAAGGAAGAAGAUACAAAUAUUAGGUUUCUGAGGCCGAAACAAGAGAAGGAUGAUUCUGGUUUCGACUCUCUGAACCAUCUUGCAAAUACACCGACUUCAGUUAUGUGUCAACCAUAUAUCGGAGGUUUUCCAUUGUAAAUAGUUGUCUGCAAUCUUUUUUUUCCCCUUUCCUCCAAAUUCAGAGUCCUCCUUGCAUGGAUGGAUUUUAAUAGAUCAAUUUUUUUUGUUCAGGAGUUUGACAGUUCUUUUCUAGUUCUUGUGAUUAUCAUUUUAAAGAAACAAAAACAGGUUGUUUUUUUCAAUCUAAAUAGAGAAAAAUAGAAAAAACAUCAGUUAGUAA